CGGAGAGCUCGCGCCGCGUCCUCCUCGGCCGCCUGUGGCGCCGGCUGCACGGCCGCCCUGGCCAUGCCUCAGCCUUGAUGGCGGCGCUCGCCGGCGUCUUCGUGUGGGACGAGGAGCGGAUCCAGGAGGAGGAGUUGCAGAGAUCUAUUAAUGAGAUGAAACGGUUGGAGGAAAUGUCAUAUAUGUUUCAGAGCUCUGGAGUCAAGUGCCACUCUCCAGAACCAAAAUCCCAAACAGAAGGGGGUGAAGAUUCAGAGGGCAAAGAGCAACCAUGGGAAAUGGUGAUGGAUAAGAAACACUUUAAGCUGUGGCGGCGCCCAAUUAUAGGAACUCACCUUUACCAGUACCGAGUUUUUGGAACCUACACAGAUGUGACACCUCGGCAGUUCUUUAAUGUUCAGCUGGACACAGAGUAUAGAAAAAAGUGGGAUGCCCUGGUGAUCAAACUGGAGGUGAUCGAGAGGGAUGUGGUUAGUGGUUCUGAGGUUCUUCACUGGGUAACCCAUUUUCCUUAUCCAAUGUACUCACGGGAUUAUGUUUAUGUUCGGCGGUAUAGUGUGGAUGAAGAAAACAACAUGAUGGUGUUGGUGUCACGAGCUGUGGAGCACCCUAGUGUGCCAGAGUCUCCGGAAUUCGUCAGAGUCAGAUCAUAUGAAUCCCAAAUGGUUAUCCGUCCCCACAAGUCAUUUGAUGAGAAUGGCUUUGACUACUUGUUGACAUACAGCGACAAUCCCCAGACUGUGUUUCCUCGCUACUGUGUUAGUUGGAUGGUUUCCAGUGGCAUGCCAGAUUUCCUGGAGAAGUUGCACAUGGCCACUCUGAAAGCCAAGAACAUGGAGAUUAAAGUAAAGGACUAUAUCUCAGCUAAGCCUCUGGAAAUGAGUGGUGAAGCCAAGGCCACUGCGCAGUCCUCUGAGCGCAAGAGUGAGGGUAGUUGUGGCCCUGCUCGGAUCGAGUAUGCCUGAAGGGCUUCAGAAUAAGAAGGAAUAGGCGCUUCUUGUCCUGUCUUGGUCCCUUGUCACCCUGCUACAGAAUGGGGACAUGCCACAUGUAUUAGAAGGCAUCUGCUGUGUCUAACAGUGCAAGAUAAUUUAAUAACUGGUGUCUGAUUUCAUUCGGAGCCCUUAUUGCUCUUUUAUCAAAACAGUGAGAAGAAGGCUACAUCUGUGGGAGUGUUGCCAUAUUCUCAGGCCAACCAUUUUGAAAAUCGGUAUUUCAUUGAGCUAAUCUGGAACGAACCUCUCACCUCAGGCCAGAAGGGGAUGGCCUCCAUUUGCUUUCUCUGAGUUGUUCCUCUGCUGACAUUCCAAAUCUACCACUGGUUGUGCAGCACUUUGGAUUUCCUUCAGUUCUGCAGGUCCACCUGGAAAGUGUUGUUGGCUGGUUGAGUCUCAAAUGAGGGGUCACUGGGAGUGCUCUUGGUAACGGUCUUGAUGUGAAUGGGUGUGAACGAUACUUGGCUGUGUUAAUAAGUGCCUUGUCCUCACCUUGCUUUUAUCUUUAGGGACAUGAAGUUUGUACCAAGAAGUUUCUCUCCCUGCCUGCAUAGUACCUACCACCCAUUGACUCACCUUACCCAAAGCAGUUUCCUUUGAAUGGGUCAAUUAUUCUAUAUUUGUGCACUAUAUUCAUUGGAUCAUUGCCUCCUUCCUAAUCUUAGCCCAUUUACCAAGAGCACUGAGAGAUGAAUCCUCUUAGUAAGUAGCUUCCUGUAUCAUCAGUGUUUUUAUGGGGUCACUGGAGAUGUUUCAAACAUCACAAUUAAAUUUAGUUUAGAUUUUUUUAACCUUUGUGUCAGAAAGAAGGAGUUGGGGAGUUGAAUGGGAUUUCUCCAUAGUCCCACUGCAUAGAAAGCACCAUUUUGCUUUAGGCAUUAUUUUUCACAUUUCAGAUUUUACUCAUCCUUCUCAGAAGGCAAAAGGCAGAGGAAUGGGGGUUAGGCCACGCCCUUGGCACUCUCAUGUCUGUAGACAAGCUGUGUGAACAUGUAGCAUAUGUAAUCUUGCCCCAAAUACUAAUACAGUAGGGAUGUGGUUUGUGUGACCCUCUUGUUCCUCUAAAAAGUUUUUCCUCCUCUCUUCAGAGCUAAAAUAAAAGCAAACUACACUGUUCAGAUAAGGUCACAAUCAGAUGGUAUCAUAUUGGCCUAGCUGGUUUUGCUUAUGGUCAUGCGGCAAUCUUUGGGAGAUUAGGGAUCAAGUUUUAAAUCCUUCUCCUUCCAUUUUUUCUGGAAUCUAAAUGGCCAGAUUUUUCCUUUUUUUUCCCUGCUUGCUAUCCUUUUGUGGUGUUAAAAAUUAAGUGAUCUAAAUCUGAGACUAACUUAAACUCUUCCUUGGCCUUCUUGUUGCCUGUUCAGUUUUGUGCCAAGGAAAUAACUGCCCCAGUGUUGUAUGUCUUGCCUUCUCCAAGUCGUAGGCAGAACAGAGAGAUGCAUCAAGCAAUCCUAGCCCCUUUUCAUCAAUCACUUCUCUCUUCUCCCCAGGACCUGACAGAAGCCAGCGAAGAGUCCUUGGGUUAUGUCUGAACUUAGCGCCUGCGAUUGAUUGUUGGGGUGUGAGUGGGUGUAUGCAUGACAGGGAGAGAGGGCGCGAGGGAGUGCGCGUGCAUGCACAGGUGCUAAGGAGUUGCAGUUGCUCCAUGUUCUGACUUAGGGCAAUUUGACUCUGCACUUGGGGUCUGUCUGUACAGUUACUUAAGUCAUUGUAAUGAUUUCACUCCUAACUGUGACAUUUUUAUCAAAUGUGUGAAUAAAUAAAUAUAUAAAGAUUGGUACAAAA